AUGAUUAAAUUUUAAAAAUUAGAUCAGCCUUAAUCCAGUCUAUAAACAGAAACAGUCAAAGUUUCUUCUCCAUAACAUAAUCAAUUUUUUAUUGUCCAUCCAUCUCCUAUUUAAAUAUAGACUCAAACUUAAAACUUCUUUAGCGGAUCUUAGGAAUUGUUAAGAUAAAUACCUGCUCAUGAUAAAGGACCUAAAUUAGAUACAAAAGGAUAGAUCAUAAGACAUACAUUAGUUGGUUCAGUUCAACAAUUUAUGCUUGAAAAGUAAAGGAGACAAAGCAUUGGUAAGAAAACAUAAGUCAAGUUAUAAACUUAAUUAUAAUCUGAUUUUGAGGCACCACCUAUGAUUAAUAAUAGUUACACAAAAUGUAAAUUGAUUCUCUAUAUAUUCUUAAGUAACCGAAUUUAUGUCAAGUAAGGAUCUUGCUAAAAAAUCUCCAAGCAAAGUGAAAUCUAAAGAAUACCAGUUGAUCUAAUUAAAUGAAGAAUAAGUACAAUAAGAAAUUGUUGAUGUUGAGAGAAGAGUAAAAAUAAAUUAAGCAGAAGUAAAACAUGCCCCAUGAUAUAAGACUGCCAAAUUGAAUCAAGAUAUCAAAAAGUAGCUAAAUAAAGGAGAUUAACUUAAAAUGGAUGCUUUUAUAAGGGCCAUGACAAAUUAUGAAAAUACUUAAAGUGAUUGGGAAUAAACUAAAAUUAAGGUGAGCUCAAGAAUCUAGAGAAAAAUUGGUUAAUCAAUGAAUGAUAAGAUAGAAUAAUUUAGAAUUAAACAAGAAGUUAAAUAAUUACUUGAUCAUAUAACACCAAUCGAUUAAAAGUUAGGAAAUGAUUAUUGGGUAAUUUUUAUUUUUUAUACAGAAAUAAGGAUUACGAUCUUAAGAAUCAACACUUAAAAAAAAGAAUCCUUAUAAAUACAUAGACAAAUUAGAAGAGGAUCCUAACUAUUAAAUUGAUAAGAAGCCUCCUGUUAUUGAAAUUAUUAGAGGUUAGAAUUCUACUGCAAAAGGAUUAAGACCUUAUACAUCAUUUACAUCUCGUUUUUAUUUAGAUAGAAAACUCAAGGAGAAUGAAGAACUUGUUCAUAAACUUAUUCCAUAAAAUAUAGAUGAAAUUGAUCAACUUCAAUUAAAUGGAUAAAAUGUGAUGAAAUAAGAGAUCAAUUCUGUUAGAAAUCCUAGGGAUAGUUUUGUCAAAAUCACUGGUUCUUUUGCAAAUAGUUAAGGCGGAUUUAAAACUUAUUUCAAGAAAGUACCACUAAAAUAGGAAGAAUAAUUACCUGAUGAAGUGAUAAUUUAGAAUUAUGAUAAGAAAAAAAUUUUAAAUACAGGAAAAUUUGGAAGUUUGAAAGGAUAUUUUUGA